CGCUCAUACGCCGUCCUGCGUGACGUCACCACGGAGGCUUCGUCGGUUUCCUCAACUAAACAAGCCAGCCAAGUGAGCCAACCAACCAAGCGACCAAAGCAACAGUCCGACUGUUGUGCUUGCUUUUGAGUGUGUGUGACAAAAAAAACGCGAGCCCAAGUGUGCGCUCCAGGCAGGAAAACGCCCUCGACCCGACCAGCUUCUCCUCGCUCGCGUCGACCCGGUACGUCGCUGCCUCGUUUCGGUGUGCUUUCAGCUGGCGGCGGGGACGGUGAAGAAGAAAAGCCGCGAGUGCUAGCCCACUGAAGGCUGUUUUUACACACCGCCGUGGCUUGUCGGAAGGCGGGGAAUACAAAGCGACGUGUUGCCAGGACGCUCCUCUUCUAACAUUUUGGACAUUUUCGUCAAAGUCUGCUCGUUUUGCUGGGACUCCACAGUGGUUGCACAUGGAUUAUUUGGGAGUGCAAAUGCAGAGGAAGUUGGCCCCUCAGUGUUGUCAGAUGGCUGAUAACGAGAUGUACACCCAACCGAUACUGAAGUAAAUGGAUUGUAAUGUCAAUCCAUCCAUUUUCUAUUGCGCUUGUCCUCAUUUUGGUUCCGGGUGAGCUGGAGCAUAGCACAGGUGACUUUGGGCGAGGGUUGGGGUACAUCUUCGCCAGUCACUCGCACAACAAAUAGAAGAACAACCAAUCAGGUGACGACCAAUCACGGGUCAGCUUGUGAACAUCACAUGAUCAAACUCAAAGUAAAGAUGUCACCUUCUCCUGUGUCAUUUGAGUGAAAAGCUUUUGCAUACAUUCAGCCAUUCACAGAUACAACCAGGAGGUGGGCGGGAGUGUUCUUUUAACUCACACAGAAAUAGGUAGCAUGAGUCGAGAGAGCUUGAGAACCUGCUGGCUUCUCUUUCUCUCUAUACACUCUAUAUUCUUUAACACACCGGAAAUAACUGCAAGGCCGACAAAGCAAUGAACACCUUUUUAUGUUACUUAGCACUCUUUUUUUUGUAUUGUUUGUAUUUUUUUUUCUGUCACGGUUCAAAGAUCCCAAAUAGUUACAUGGAGAUUUUUGUGCACGGUGGACAAAGUGUUAAAGUGGACCACACAACGCGGCAGUGCUCAGAGAGGAAUUUGCUGCUAGCUGUUGCUAUGAUACAACCUUGCUAAAUUACAAGUCUACCAAGUGGCCGAACACGACCUGGCAGUGCGCUGGACGCUUGUCUAGUGUGAGAGGGAGACAGACAGCCUUUGACAGGGUGAAGUUUGACUAUCCAUAACGUGUGCAUGAUUGACUCAUACCACAGCCGUUUCGUUUCAAUUUUUUGUGCUCACUUCUGGUUGAGGACGAUUCACAGCCCUGAGGCUGUGACUUUAAAAAGAGAUAGUGGCACAUUCUAUAUCUGCUCCAUAUGCUCCUGUGUUUCUUUAAAAAAAUAAUCAACCACCAUUUUCUGUGGUGUACAGGAGCUACAAAAGUGUUUUUGGAAGUGCAAAAUGUCAAAGCUACAGAGUGCUUCAAAGUUUGUGAUUGGGAUGAGUAGAAUUAAGCUUGCAUUGGCAAAAAACAAUUAUGAUGAAUACUUGAUUUCCUUUGGCUUGUCUUUCGUCUUGUGAAUUCCAUAUUUGUUCCACUUGUCCAAGGAUGGUUAAACCAAAAAAGCCAUUCAGUAAUCCAUCCGUCCUGCCUUCAAGGUAAAUGGAUAACGACUCUGUUUAACUAUGAACAUUGACAAAGGAAACAUGACACGGUCGUUAAAUGCUCUUCAGAGGUUAUUUAUUUGAGCCACAUGACCGCGUCUUUCAUUUCAAAGGGAAAUGCCAUGCUCUAAACAAAACCUGCAGGAAUGCGUUCCUCAAAAAAAUGAGGGAUAACCUCAGUAUAACCUCAAAGCUUGAACACUGUCGGUUCAACAUCUGUUUUCUGAGUUAGGUCAUGUGACGGUUGUUAAGCUGAGCUGCGAUUGGUUAGCAACUGUGAUGUCAUUUUCAGUUGACAGCAUGUGGCAAAGUGGCCGCCCCCUGAGAUGGGGAGGAGGAGGGGGGGGGAUGCGGGUGGAUAUGGCUGCUUAAUUCAUAUUCUACAGACCCAGUAUUCAUCACAAUGCUGUGUUUGGACUACUAGUGCUGCAUUUUUGAGGAAAAAAAAUAAAAAAUUCUUGACUUCCCAGUUCAAGCUUGUUAUUGUGUCUCAGUUUGGCUCCAAAGAAACUAAAAACUGCUCGUGAUAAGAUAGUGCUGGGCGAUAUGGAAAAUAAAUCUUCUGGCAUGAUAUUGCCCAUGAUAACGAUACACCACAAUAUAUUUUCAGUUACUCUACAAAAACACACUAUGCAAAGCAGUCUUCAUAUUUUUGCUCAAGGGUAUAUAUCAAUCAAAAUAUUCAAUAAAUUGUAAAAAUGUUUCUGACAGAAAAGGAUUAAAUAAUAAAAUAAAAUGGGCUUGACCGGAAUGUCAUUUAUUUUGCAGAUCUCGAAAGUCAAAAUCAAAACGACUGCAUUGUGAAAACAAAUCGUAUUGUUUAUCGAUGCAUUCAAUACACUCACUAAAUGUGCAUUCAUUUUAUGACUGAUGUCCAAUAGUAUCACUUGAAACUUGGUUAUUGACCCCAUUCCAAGUCCCAACUAUUUAAAAAAAGGACACCAUUUUAAAGUCGUCCAUCAAUAUUUAUUACUAGUAUCGGCCCUGAUCUGGAUCAUUGCAUCACUAAAGUAUUUACUACGGCCAGGACCAGAAAAGCUCCCGGGACACUGCACAGGUUCACGUAAGGCUAACCACAAAUUCCAACAAGUCACGGUCGUAAAACUAAUUUUUUAUUAGGUUUGAGUCCAUGUAGAAAGAUGUCUCGGUCAGAAUAUACUGUCUUGACGGCGUAUUGAAACAGUUUUUGUUCAGUUUCCCAUGUGUUUUCCUCAGGGGUGAUAGUGUACAUUCGGGAGGCAAUCGUGACGACGGUCACUUGACAUCGGAGCUGAAUCAGCACCGCGUUGACUCACUGGACUCUUCUCCACUGCAAGUGUACCAACUUACAAAAGCAGGGUUUUCAAACGACAGCGUCAAGUAUGGACAGUACGGAGUGCGUGGGCGUGUAAUGGUGACUAAUCCAAUUUGCGGUUUUAUUCUGGAUCUCGAGUUGUCACUGCGCCCUUAAUCUCUGCGGCAAAAUCUCUCACGGUGUUUCUCAUUGAUUCUUGUGACACUUUUCUUUUUUUUAAUUUCAUAGUGAGUAAACAUAUGGCAAGCUUCUCUUCCGCCCGUUCGUUAAAACCUCAUUUGAGAAACCCACCACCAGGCAUCGAAACGCGGCCCUCGUGUUGAUUCCCCGAUGCCAUUUAGCUGAGCCACUCCUGAGCCGCCUCCAUCCAUUUACUCACUCGGGGAGGCUUGGCUUCCGUUUGUUGCCGUGGGAUACGCCUGUUGCCGAGCACUAUGUCGGAGGACGUGCAGCUCUCCCUUGCCUUGUGCAGAAUUGGGCUUUACAGGUGUUUCCGGGCACUGUGCUGUAAAGGACCGCCACCGCCAAGACCGGAGUAUGAUGUGGUGUGCAUUGGCCUGACAGGUGCUGGAAAGACCAGCCUGCUGUCGCGCCUCUGCAGUGAAGGCGGCAACGGAAUCGUUCCCACCACAGGUUUUAGCAUCAAAGCAGUGCCAUUUCCUAAUGCCAUCUUGAAUGUUAAAGAGCUUGGAGGAGCUGACAACAUCAAGAAAUAUUGGUGCCGCUACUACCAGGGGUCGCAGGGUGUCGUCUUCGUAUUGGACAGCGCUUCAUCAGACGAGGACCUUGAGGCGGCACGUAAUGAGCUACACUCGGCCCUGCAGCACCCUCAGCUCUGCACGCUGCCUUUCCUCAUCCUCGCCAAUCACCAGGACAAGCCCGCUGCAAGGACGCCAAACCAGGUCAAGAAGUACUUUGAGCUGGAGCCGCUGGCCCGGGGCAAGCGUUGGAUCCUGGAGGGCAGCAGCACGGACGACGUGGACGCCGUGAAGGAAAGCUUCGCCCAGUUCAUUAGUCUGCUGGAGGACAAAGACAUGGAGGGCGCCAGAAUAUGACGCCGGUAGUUAACGCCGAGUGACAUGAACGCCGGACGGCGACGCCGACACGUCUCGCCGGUUCGUGCGCACCGACCAAUCCACGCCCCCCCGCCCCCACUCCUCACCCUCCCUCCUUCCGGACUACCUUCCAGGGGCCUUCAGAACCAUGUAGAACCUCGUUAUGACGCUCCUCCUGCACCGUGUGUUGAGGUGGGCUUUGUAAUCUCUAGCUGCACCCCUGCUGACACACACACACACACACAGUGACGCCCAGGUUGUCCGUCAGAUAACUUUAACUCUUCCACUAAUUACUUUUCAGGAUGUCUGAGUGGGAUUUAUGUUGUUUCCACUUGACUUGUGACAAGUAUGUCAUGUACACAUGUUCCAUAUCAACGUGUCAGCGUGUGACGGCAUAUCUUAACCUGAGCCUCGUAGUGCUAUCUCAUGGAGUCUGCUGUACAGUUUACCACACCAUCGGCACCCUGUGCACAGUAGCGCCGCUAAUCACUUGACUGGGCGAUGGCGCCCUACGUCUUCACUGCUUUUUAGUCAUGUGCAGCAAUAUGGCGCUUAAUGUCCGAAAUCAGUUUUGUAUUUUUUUUUUUUUAAUACAUAUCACACCACUUACAGGAAUUUGGGAAUUCUUCCCUCAAGCUAGUGACCAUACGAGUAUUAGGGGCUAACUCAAAAGAAAAAGAAAAAAACAGAAUAAAGAGAACAAUCUGAUUAGUAAUUAAAAAUAAUCGGGUUAUUUAUUGAUAAUGUAAUCAAUUCCUGAGUCUUAUGUUGUAAUAUUAUGAGAAGAAAGUCGUACGACUGAAAAAGUCCGAAUUAACAGGACUGAACACCAGACACUAUCGCGCCACCUCAGUAAAAAUCGAAUACAUUUUACGAGGAAAGUGUUCUUCUUUUGUCAAGAAUGUUCUAAUAUUACGGGGGGAGCCUAUGAAAAUGAAGUCACAAUUAGGAUGGCAGUUUUCCAAGCAUAAAUUUCAAAUAUUAGGAUAAAGUCUUGAUGAGGAAGAGCUCCUGAUUUCACACAUAAUAUUGCAACUUUUACCCCUCCCAAAAAUCUGACGUUCAUCUGUUAUUAUAGUCUUCAUGACUACUUUAUUUUCCUUUUUAAUGUGCUUGUCUUACUUGUAUCAUAAUUGUGCGGGCUGGAUGUAAUGACAAACGCACUCAAUGUGUUUCACGUCAGUAUUUUUGCCUCACCCGUUGAUUUUAUUGUUGGAAUCCUUCGUGGGCCGGCGUUAACAUUGCGACCCAAUACAAAGUCAAUCAAUCAGCCGCAGCAACAGCUGCAUGUGACAAGUCCCUGUCUGACACCCUAAUGCCUUCCAACUGUCUGUGAAGACCCCCUCCGGCCCAGACUGGCCUAGAGCCCCCACACGCACAUGCCCGAGUGUAUUUGCGUUCCUUUUAUUUUUUAUUUUUUUAUUUUUUUUUAACCCCCCCCCCCCCCCCCCUCAGCUCUUCACAUCACGUACCCGCCAUCCAUUCUGCAACAACAAACAACAGGACAACUUUCCGUCUUUGCUGUUGUCUUUUUUCCAUCUUUGCUUCUUCAGUCUUGACUCGUUUUCUGUCUACGUCUAUUAAAUUUGUAAUAAUCGAAA